AUGAAGAAAGGAGAAGAAAAAGAAGAAGAAGAAAACACUGGAAAGCAGAAUGUUGGCAGCAGCCUGGAUGAGCAGGACAGGGUUUUCGGAGCGCAGAUUUUGGGUGUUGAUGUGGGGAAAAGUAGGAAGGAGAGCAAGUUGAAAAAGCAGGAAGAGCUUGCAGAGUACCCGAAGGACAUGCUCGACUUUGAUGAGGAAGGGUACGAUGAUGAGGGGUACGAUAUGGAGGGGUACAACCGGCAGGGGUAUGAUCGGAGUGGGUUUAGGCGGGGGGAGGAGCGGAGGUUGAGGAUGCGGAUAAAGACGGGCAAGGAUGUGCAUAUAGUACCUGGAGAGGUGGAUGGGGGGGAGGUUAAAGAGGACUCCGAUGGCAUUAAGUUGGUGGGGAACGGCAAUGGUAUUAGGAUGACUCAAGAUAGAUCUAGUAACAUUAGGAUGAAUGCACAAAAUAGCGAUAGCUCUAAUAACAUUAGGAUGACUCAAAAUGGGAAUGAUAGAUCUGAUGAGAAUGACAUUAGGUCCAAUGUUCAAAAUAGGAUGAACAAUGAUAUUAGGUCGAAUGCUCAAAAUAGGAACAACAAUGAUAUUAGGUCGAACGCUCAAAAUAGGGACAACAAUGAUAUUAGGUCGAACGCUCAAAACGGCGAUAACUCUAAUGUGAAUUCCACAUCCAACAACUACAACUACGAAAGUGAAGACGACUCGGAGUACGAGUACGAGGAGGAGUACACGUUUGACGUGGAGACGGGCCCCGGGGCAGGGUUUGACCCGCUGGCGUUCCACCGGGCACUCGGGCAGUACCUCGGGGUGGAAGCACGGGGUCCCUGGUCUGGGUACUGUGAGCCCGGGGACCCCGACGGCGUGUGCUUCCCGCCUCCGCCCGGUGCCAGCCUCACCGGGCACCCAGGCCGGGUGUUCGCGGUGAUCGCCGCGCUGGCAGACCCCUGGACCACGCCGGCGGACACCGGCCCGUACGACGAGCUGCUGCCGUCGCUCGCCACGGUGUGCGACGUGGUGGCGGCCGUGUGCCUGCCGAUGUACACGGGGGAGCGGGAAUUCCGGCUGGCGUGCGACCUGGCGUGGAUCGUGGGCUGCUGCAGCGAAAAACUCCACUGCUGCGACGAGACCGGGCUCCAGCGGGCGAUCGGCAGCACCGACUGGCGUGAAACGCUGCAGUACUGGGUGCCGGAGGCCACGCUGGCCAGCCCCGUGUACCAGGCUUCGGAUUUCCACCGGCUCCGGCUCGUCUACGCGGUGUGCGUGGUGUGCAUAACGGCCAUCGGCAGGCUGUACGCCCCGGCCCGCAACCCGUGCCUCAACCCGUUUCUCUACCUGCUGCUCCAGGCCUACAAGCUGUGCAGCAAGGUGAUCCUGCUCGGGCUCCAGGUCGACCGCCAGGACGAGGCACAGGGCUUCCCCGGGUACCCGGAGCCCAUCCGCGAGGUUGUCCGCGGCACCAGUGCCCUGCGGUCCGCUGUGGCCCUCGUGCUCAAUGAGGACUACGCCCGCCGGGCCCACGAUUUCCGCCACGAGACCCUCGACCACUUCCUGGGGCCCUGGGGCCGCCGCGUGGGCUCCUCGCGGCUCCGCUGCGACAACCGGGUCUUUGCCUCCGCACUGCUCGCCAUGGGCACCCCGCUGGACCACGUCGGCCGCCUCAUGAAGUCCUUCCACACCGAGGACCGCUACGAUGAGGACAUCCGGUACAUGUUCGAGAUGGACUUCGACAGCGACCCGGACGACGACUACUCCCGGCACCACCAGCCCUCCCUGCUGGCCCAAGCCCUGCCCAAGCCCCCGCUCGCCUACGGGGGGGCCCCACGCCGUGCCUACGGCCUGGACGGUGUCCUCCGCACCUACCGCAUCCACCCGGACUGCGUCUGCCGGCUUGACGGUGUGGGGAAAACUGAAAGUGCUGAAAUGCCCGGCGAUUUGGACCCAGACCCGGAUGACCCCCGCGAGUGCUCCGACUACGACUUCACCGACUCCAUCAGGAUGGUCAUACAGGACGGCGACGACGGAAUUGAGGAGUUGUUGUCUGAUGUGAUCCGGGAGGGGGAGGAGCAAAAUGAGGAGGAGCAAAAGGAUAAUGUCCAUGAGCAAAAUGAUAAUCUUCAUCAGCCAAAUACUAAUGUCCAUGAGCAAAAUGUUAAUUUCCAUGAUGAUGAGGAGGAUAAUUCCCAUCAGCAAAAUCCCCCUCACGACAAAAGAAAAGUCGUCUGGGCAGCCAUCGCACGCAAUAUGGACUCCAAUGGCAACUCCAACGGCAACUCCAACAGCCACUCCCCUUCAAAACGCUUCAUCAUCUCCCCCGUCCCCCGCAACAUCGGCUUCGACUCCCUCUUCAGAGACAGAAGAGACAUCCGCCGCGGCCAGAACAACAUCCUCACACCGGCGUUCCAGGCCCUGCUUAAGUCCUCGGCAGCUGGAAAAUCCACCUUCAUCCUUCCCAUGCACAACAUCCUCGCAUCCCUUGCAGCCUUGAAAUCAAAAACACUGCCUGCAAAAACCUGCCAGCACAUCAUCAGCACCGUGGCAUUCGUCGUCAAGUACGGCGAGGAAAACUUGCUCAUGACAAACGGCCAAAAGGAAGCCUGGGGCAACGACGACCACCUCCGGCCAGAGUACAUCCUCAGCUACAUCUGCUCCUUCCCCGGCAUGAUCAGCAUGAUCUCCCACAACCCCUCCGCCACCUUCAGUAUCGUCGAUGAGCUCUUGAUGGUUGAAGGCUUCCGCACAAGCCUGCUCUGGUUCCUCGCCAACUGCGAACCCAACCAGUGGAUCUUCAACUACUUCCACGAGCUCCUCAUCGGCCAGAGGGGCAACCCUCGCACCUCCACCGACCCUCGCACCUCCCGGUACUCGUUCAGCCGGUGCGGCCACAUCGUUCUCUCCGAGACCGAGCUCCGGAUGGUCAUCAAGGAGCUCUUGGCCAACGUCACCGGUUUUGUCAUUCGCAAAUUGCAGGAUGACCAGUCGCACGACCGCCCCGCCAUCCAGAGAUUGAUGAAGGUCGUCUGCCUCUUCUUGAAGUCGCUCGAUUCGAAAGGCAUAGUCACAGUCAACGAUUCCGACUGGAGGCUCGAGGUCCAGACCUUGCUUUUGCAGUGGAUCAACUCCGGACUCGUUCCCGAGGCCCGCGAGCUCUUCUUCAAGUCCCAGAGAAACGACUCCCGCCUCCGCAUCGUCUCCGAAAAGGAGAAGGUCUUUUACCGCCAGCUUCGGAUCGUCCGCCAAUCCUGUGAAAACGGCGGACCCUUCAAAGAUGCACUCCCGCAGUCUGGUGACUCCUCCCUCUCCCGGAUGCGGCUCCUCAUCGAGUUCGCCGUGCGUUACAUCCUGAUGCGUCACGACAUGUUGAAGGGAAUCCUUGCCAGGGCGGCUGAGGAUGGUCUGCCCAUUCCUCCUUCUCGCACAGCCUUGGUCUGCGACGCCUUGUUUGGCGCUUUGUACAGCGUGGCUCUCGAUAACGAGCUUCUCAAACGUGUCGGCACCCGGGCUGUGCUCCAGUUGAUGGCUGCUGCCAAUAUCUUGUCGCCCGACGACCUGGAAAACCCCUCUGUCGAGACCUUUCUCAAAACCAAGCUCUCCCAGAUGCAGGCCUAUUGUUCCGACUUCCUCGAUGACAUCGCCCGGAAGAAUACUAUGUAA